AUGUUGCCAUCUUCAGAUCCGAUCCGUAAAGAAGAAGAAACGCCCAACCCAACAGAAACCUCUUCCACCUCAACAACAGCAAUGCCUUCAGGUCGUAAACUAAUCAAAGACGAUGAUGAAGAAUAUUUAUCAUUCCUUGAAAAGAGUUUGGAAGAGGAACAAAAAUAUAUAACUUCCGAAGAUAUUGAAAAAGCGGAAGCAAUUUACAAUUCGAUCACGGAUGAGAAUGCAAAAAACAGAUCAGCUUUUACUCUUUCAGUGCUGUAUAUAAAAUCUGGACAUGAAAUUCUGAUACACAAAGGAAUUUCGUUAUUGGAAAACAUUUUACGUUGCAAUCAUAACAUUUUUGAAGUGAAUGAUUUAUCGAUAGAAAGUUCAUCCCAUUACAAGAGAGAUUGUUUAUAUUUAAUUGCUCUUGCUUUCUAUUUCUUGAAGGAUUAUGUAAAAGCAGAGGCCGCCGUUCAAACAUUGUUAGAAUUCGAUAGUGAAAAUGAACAAGGAAAGAGAUUGUAUCAAUUGAUUGAAAGAAAGAAAAAAUCACUUCAACAAGAAGGAAUUAUUGGAUUAACAUUGGCAGGAGUGACAACGUUGGCUGUGGGAGGAAUAAUUGGAUUGGGUGCUUUGGCUAUUGGUCUCAUGAAAUCUAGAAAGUAG